AUGCACGGAAUAAGAUGGACUUCAUCAUCAACUGAUAGUAGGUUCUAUCUCGAUUUGAUGACACGUCACUCAAAAAACUGCACAGCUCAUACAGUAUAUACUUAUUAUGAGCGGAAAAAUGAUGCACAAAGGUCAGGUUUUGGCACCCAGGAAAUCCGUUUAGGAAAAGAUUCAGUGAAAGCUCUUGAUUGUUGCUCUCUUUGUCUACAACCAGCAAAGGAUCCUGUCGUUACAAAUGAUGGAUUCCUCUAUGAUCGAGCAGUAGUUCUGGAAUACAUUGUUUCUCAAAAAGCUGAAAUUCAACGGAAACUAAAGUUGUAUGAAAAACAGAAAGCUCGUUUAGAUGCUGAGACAAAAAUGAUUCUCAAGGCUGAAAAAGAGGAAGAAGCCCGACGAUUUCUAUCAAUGAAUACUCUAGAUACCCACUCAAAAGCCUCUGCACAAGCUGCUGAAGCAGAAGCUUUGGCCUCAUUGUCCAAUAAACGCAAUGGUUUGAAUGAAACAACUUCAUGUUUUUGGGCAUCUGGUAGCAAAACGAAUGAGAAACUGAACAAAGAACUCUUAGAUAAGCCUGAUACUGUUGUUCGCUGUCCAAUGAGUGGCAAACCAUUAAGGUAUAAAGAUUUAGUUGGUGUUAAAUUCACUACCUUUGAAGAUGACAGUAAGGUCAUGGGUUUUAGCCAAGAUAAACCAAUAGAUCGUGAAGUCAAAUAUUGUUGUGCUGUUUCCAAAGAUCCAUUAACAAAUGCUACAGUUUGUGUUGUUCUUAAAACUUCUGGAGCAGUUGUUACUAAAGAAGUUGUAGAUACUGUAAUAAAAAAAGAAAUGAUUGAUCCUAUUAAUGGUAAAAAAAUGAAAUCAUCUGAUUUUAUUGAACUUCAAAGAGGAUCUCUUGGAUUUGCUGAUGAACGAACAUUAUUAACUGCUAAACGUGUUAGACCAUCAAUGCAAACUUGA